AAGAGGUUCUAACAAAUGGAGGAUAUGGAAAGACAGAUUGAGAAUAUGGAAAUAAGUGAGAGGAGGAUGACUAUUAACUGCGGUAAAGGGCUACCGCCACUCAUUGCUAAAACAAUCUUCUCCAAACUCGUAAUCUCCGAUUUGCCCUCUUGCAGGUUGGUUUCUAAUACUUGGAAUGAUUUGGUUUUAGAUUACGCCUCCUCUACUCAGUUACAAUUCCUGAAGAACGCUUUCCUUCUCUCCACCUCUGACCGGGGGCUCAAUUAUAAAUUAUGCAAUCCCAAAAUGCAUUGUAUCAAUCUUGAUACCAGACAACUUUCGAAUGAUUUUGAUUUUGAUCUGGAAUCGGAAUUUAUUAAAUCAGCCUCGUUGCAAUUUGAUGGUGAUUGGACCUAUACGAUCAUAAUGGCAGGUUCAUGUAAUGGUUUGAUGCUUAUUUCGAAAUGUAGUGAUUACACUUGGUGUCAAGGCAUAUUCAAUCCCAUGACCAAUGAGUUCCUACAGGUUUCGGAGCAUGGUACUUUUGAUGAUUUUUAUCUCUAUGGAUUUGGUUUCAGCCCUAUUACAAAACAAUACAAAUUAUUCAGAGUUUUCGACAAAGGAUUUAGAUGUAGGAGGACAUCUAGUACGGUUGACACCCACUAUACAAUGGAAGUUCUGACUUUUGGUAGAAGUGGAACCAACCACAGUAUCCCUAUUCAUAACCAAUGGAGGCGUCUUCACACCCUCCCUUUUGAGAUUGUUGCGGAUGGUGUUUACUUGAAUGGAAUCAUCUAUUGGUUGGUAAAAGAAAAAGAUUUCCUUGUAUUAUUCUUCACGGAUGCACUGUUCUAUUGUGGUGUUGCUGUGUUUCUUUUUUUAAUUGAUCGUUCAAGGAGAACUGCUGAAUCUGACACUUUGAAAAACAGUUAUCAAACCCUGUCUAAUCAAUUUGGACGGGGGAUCUCUUCUGUAGCUACCUUAGCACUCAGUUUAAUAAUACCAAUGGUCACCAUGGGAUUAGUGUGGCCAUGGACCGGCCCUGCAGCAUCUGCAAAACUAGCACCUUACCUUGUUGGGAUUGUUGUCCAAUUUGCAUUUGAACAGUAUGCACGAUGCAAGAAAUCAUGUUCAUGGCCUGUUAUUCAAAUUGUCUUUCAAGUUUAUAGAUUGCAUCAACUUAACAUAACAGCUCAACUGGUGACAACACUUUCAUUUACCAUAAAAGGAGCUGAAAUGACUCCAAAUAACUUGGCAAUAAACAGCUCUCUCGGUACACUGUUGAAUGUUCUUCAAUGUCUUGGGAUAAUCUGUAUCUGGUCUCUCUCAAGUUUUCUUAUGAGGUUUUUCCCAUCAACUGCUGCAACAGUGCAGUAAAGUGCAAGAUAAGUUCCGAAGGGCAAAAGUGCAGUGAACUUGAUAAAUUGUUGACCUCAUUUUUUGUGUUCAUUUCUGCUACAUUGCAGUCGAAUAGAGCGUUUUCAGAACAUAUUGCUCUAUAACAGCAAGUUGAAAUGCAUGCUCAUAUGGGAAUUUGUGGAUGAUGUUAUGAUAAAGGGAGAAUGAAGAAGAUGGUGAUCGUUCCUGUAUCUUUCUGUACUUUCUUUUCCUUUGAAUGAAUAUCCUAGUAGAGAGAAGUCAACUUUUACUACCCUCUUCUUCUUUCAAGCUGCUGUUGGAACAAUCACACCCCCCCCCCCCCCCCCCCCCCCCCCCCCUUUUUUUUUAAAAAUAGUUUAAAAAAUGAACCAUGUUUAUUAAAUACUUUCAAAACUACUAACUAUAUUCAAAAGUGUUGGUAGUUAAUCCUUCAAGAAAUGGAGCAACAACAGCAACAGUCAAAUCCACAGGUAGAAGAUCAAGGCCCCCCGGAGCUUCAAGAAGAAAUGUAUUGCUGCCAAUGCGUUCAAACUCUAUGCGAUUCUCCACUAUGUGGAUGCAAAAAACGAGGGAUAUCCUGUUGCGAAAGAUGUUACUGCAAUGGUAUUCAAGAUAUCUGCCAUAACCCUUUUACUAAUAUAUUUUAAAUGCCAAAUUGGGAGCAAUAUCGUUCAUUUUAGUAACUAGAUAAUCAUAAAGUUUCUUCCUGUAAUUCAUAAACUUUUAUAUUUCUCCUACUAUCAAUUGAGAUUCUCAUUAUCAUUAACAUUUUUGUUACAUAGAUCCAAAUCCAACUUUUAGUUUUCAUUUCUU